CAGGAGGACUGGGUGCAGAGGCAGUGGGUGAGCCUGGCCCAUACCCCACCCCGGCUGUGGCAGGACAGGAGGAACUCUGCCUGUCCCCCCCUGGCUGAGACGCCAUGGCUAGACUCUGCCCGAGCCUGCUGCUCCUGGUGGCCGCCAUGGCCCUCGUGUCCAGAGGCGUCCACGCCUGGGGCUCGCCGAAAGUGGUGAGGGAAUUCCAAGACAUCCCGGAAACCUACGUGUACGUGCAGCAGGCGCUGUGGUUCGCCAUGAAGGAGUACAACAAGGCCAGCAGAGACAAGUACGCCUUCAAGGUGGUGAAGGUCCUGAAAUCCCAGGAGCAGAUCACAGAGAGUUUGGACUACUUUCUUGAAGUCAAAAUUGCCCGAACAAUGUGCAAAAAAAUUGCAGGACAAAAUGAAAACUGCUUAUUACAACAGGAUCCCCAAAUGCAAAAGAUGUUUCUUUGUACCUUUAUUGUUGCAUCGAAACCCUGGAAAUUUGAACUCACUAUGCUGAAGAAACAAUGCAAAGAUGUCUAAUUAUCUUCUAGCACAUUCUGCCACUCACACUUCAAUUUUAAAGAAGCAAAGACACUUGCAAAACAUUUAAAUGACACAGCUGAUCCAUUGACCUCAUUUUUGUGGCCUUUUUGCUUUUUUGUGUGUCCU